AUGGCCUGGGGCCCCCUGGCUCGACUCCUGCUGGCCUGGACGGCCCUGUUGUGCGUGGUGGGAGUCCAGGGCCGUUGGGACAGGGCCUUGGAGUCUGCAGGCCCCGGACGUGUGCACAGGCGUGGCAGCCCCGGCAUCUUGCAGGGGCCCAAUGUGUGCGGCUCCCGUUUCCACACCUACUGCUGUCCCGGCUGGAGGACGUUGCCAGGCGGGAACCAGUGUGUCGUUCCCGUCUGUAGGCACGCCUGCGGCGAGGGCUUCUGCUCCCGACCCAACCUUUGUGCCUGUGCUGAUGGGCAGCUGGCCCCCAGCUGUGGGGUGAGCCGAGGGUCGGGGUGCAGCGUGAGCUGCAUGAAUGGGGGCAGCUGCCGAGGGGAGUCCUGCCUGUGCCAGAGGGGCUACACAGGCACUGUGUGUGGGCAGCCUGUCUGCGACCGUGGUUGCCACAACGGGGGCCGCUGCAUCGGACCCAACCACUGCGCCUGUGUGUACGGCUUCAUGGGGCCUCAGUGUGAGAGAGACUACCGGACGGGCCCCUGCUUUGGCCAAGUCGGCGCUGAGGGCUGCCAGCACCAGCUCACGGGCCUCGUGUGCACUAAGGCUCUCUGCUGUGCUACCGUGGGCCGUGCCUGGGGCCUCCCGUGCGAGCUCUGCCCCGCACAACCGCACCCCUGCCGCCGAGGCUUCAUCCCCAAUAUCCGCACAGGGGCCUGCCAAGAUGUGGAUGAGUGCCAGGCGGUGCCAGGCUUGUGCCAGGGGGGCCGCUGCAUCAACACUGUGGGCUCCUUCGAGUGCCGCUGCCGGACGGGACACCGGCUCAGGGAGAACAGCGCCAAGUGUGAAGACCACCGGGCCGGCACCUGCUUCUCUGUACUGAUCGUGGGCCGCUGUGCUGGAGACCUCGCCGGCCAUUAUACUCAGAGACGGUGCUGCUGUGACAGGGGCAGGUGCUGGGCACCUGGCCCAGCCCCUGAGCCGUGUCCUCUGCGGGGCUCUGAUGAGUUCCAGCGACUGUGUGUGCAGGGGCUCCCGCUGCUGCCCUCCUACCCUGGCCCCUUCCCUGGUCUCCCUGGCUUUGGGUCCAACGGUGUGGGUCCUGGCCCAGGUGUGGGUCCUGGCCUUGGGCCGGCGCGGCACAGCCCCCAUGGCUCCAGUGGGCGUGGCGUUCCCAGCCUGGGCCUUGGCAAUGCCCACAUUGGCACAGCCACCUUGAACCAGACCAUCGACAUCUGCCGACACUUCACCAAUCUGUGUCUCAACGGCCGCUGCCUGCCCACCCCCUCUAGCUACCGCUGCGAGUGUAACGCGGGCUACACGCAGGAUGUUCGAGGGGAGUGCAUCGGUGAGUCGGGGCUGGGUGGGCGGGGCCUACCUGCCGGCGGGCGGGGCCUACCUGCCGGGUGGGCGGGGGCUCAGGGUCCUCUGCCCGCAGACGUGGACGAAUGCGCCAGCAGCCUCUGCCACCACGGCCGCUGCGUCAACACGGAGGGCAGCUUCCGGUGUGUCUGCAACGCGGGCUUCGAGCUGGGCCCCGGCGGCAAGAACUGUGUGGAUCACAACGAGUGUGCCACCACCACCAUGUGCGCCAAUGGAGUGUGCAUCAAUGAGGACGGCAGCUUCACGUGUCUCUGCAAAUCCGGCUUCCUGCUGGCACCCGGUGGCCGCUACUGCGUGGACAUCGAUGAGUGCCAGACUCCGGGCAUCUGCAUGAACGGCCACUGCACCAACACCGAGGGCUCCUUUCGCUGCCACUGCCUGGGGGGGCUGGCCGUGGGCGCGGACGGCCGCGUGUGCGUGGACACCCAUGUGCGCACCACCUGCUAUGGAGCCCUGGAGCAGGGCUCCUGCGCCCGCCCCUUCCCUGGUGCGGUCACCAAAUCCGAGUGCUGCUGCGCUAGCCCAGACCACGGAUUUGGGGAGCCCUGCCAGCCGUGUCCCGCCAAGAACUCUGCCGAGUUCCAGGUUCUGUGCAGUAGCGGUCUGGGCAUCACCACCGACGGUAGAGACAUCAACGAGUGCGCCCUGGACCCCGACGUCUGCACCCACGGCGCGUGUGAGAACCUGCGCGGCAGCUACCGCUGUGUCUGCAGCCCGGGCUACGAGGCGGGCGCGGCCGGCAAGGAGUGCGUGGACGUGGACGAGUGCGCUCGCAACAGCCUCCUGUGUGGCAACGGCUGGUGCCGGAACAGCCCCGGCAGCUACAGCUGCUCCUGCGCCCAGGGCUUCGGCUUCCGCCAGGACACGGAGACCUGCGAAGACAUCAACGAGUGCCUGUCCAACCCCUGUGUCAAUGGCGCGUGCCGGAACCUGGCUGGUUCCUAUGCCUGCGAAUGCGCCCCUGGCAGCCGGCUGGGGCCCUCUGGCACCAUGUGCCUCGAUAGCACCAAGGGCACCUGCUGGCUCAAGGUGCAGGAGGGCCGCUGUGAAGCGAACCUGCGCGGAGCCCCCCUGCGGUCCGAGUGCUGUGCUACCCUGGGCGCUGCCUGGGGGAGCCCCUGCGAACGCUGUGAGCCCGACCCUGCCUGUGCCCGUGGCUUUGCCCGCAUGACGGGGCUCACCUGUGAAGAUGUGAACGAGUGCGAGGUCUUCCCCGGGGUCUGUCCCAAUGGGCACUGCUUCAACACUGCUGGCUCCUUCCGCUGCGUGUGCCCCGACGGCUUGACACUGGACACCACGGGCCGGCUGUGCGUGGACAUGCGCCUGGAGCCGUGUUUCCUGCGUUGGGACGAGGACGAGUGUGGGGUCGCCCUGCCCGGCAAGUACCAGAUGGACAUCUGUUGCUGCUCCGUGGGGGCCGCCUGGGGGGCUGCGUGUGAGGCGUGCCCAGAGCGCACGUCCCCGGCGUUUGCCAGCCUGUGUCCCCGGGGGCCGGGCUUCGCCAGCUGGGACUUGCUGUCAGGCCAGCCCUUCUAUAGAGAUGUGAAUGAGUGCAAGGCGUUCCCCGGCCUCUGCGUGCACGGCACCUGCAGGAACACCGUGGGCAGCUUCCACUGCUCCUGUGCGGGGGGCUUCGCCCUGGAUGCUCAGGGGAGGAACUGCACAGACAUUGACGAGUGCCACAUCUCCCCUGACCUCUGCGGCCAGGGCACCUGUGUCAACACGCCGGGCAGCUUUGAGUGCGAGUGUUUCCGUGGCUAUGACAGUGACUUCAUGCUGAUGAAGAACUGCGUGGACGUGGACGAGUGUGUGCGGGACCCGCUGCUGUGCCGGGGAGGUACCUGCACCAACACAGAGGGGAGUUACACGUGUCAGUGCCCCCCUGGACAUGCGCAGACGGCCCAGGGCACCGCCUGUGAGGAUGUCGACGAGUGUUCCCUGAGUGACGGCCUGUGUCCCCACGGCCACUGUGUCAACGUCAUUGGGACCUUCCAAUGCUCCUGCCACGCUGGCUUCCAGAACACGCCUGACCACCAGGGCUGCAUGGACAUAAACGAAUGCCAUGCUGGGAAUGGUGGCUGUGACGUGCACUGCACGAACACGGAGGGCAGCUACCACUGUGGUUGCGGCCGUGGCUACUCACUGAUGCCCGACGGGAGGGCGUGUGCAGACGUGGAUGAGUGUGCGGAGAACCCGGACAUCUGUGACGGGGGCCAGUGUGCCAACGUGCCAGGGGACCACCACUGCUUAUGCUAUGACGGCUUCAUGGCCACGCUGGACGGGAGGACGUGUGUUGACGUGAACGAGUGUGACCUGAGCCCCCACAUUUGCCUCCACGGGCACUGUGAGAACACAAAAGGUUCCUUUGUCUGCCACUGCCGCCCGGGUUACAUCAUCAGGAAGGGGGCCACGGGCUGCUUCGAUGUGGACGAGUGUGAGCUUGGGGGACACAGCUGUGACAGUCACGCUUCCUGCCUCAACGUCCCUGGGAGUUUCAGCUGCAGGUGCCAGCCAGGCUGGGUGGGGGAUGGCUUCGCAUGUCACGACCUGGAUGAGUGUGCCUUCCCAGAGCAUUGGUGCAGCCUGAGAGCUGACUGUUUGAACGCUCCCGGUUCCUACCGCUGCAUCUGCCGCCUCGGCUUCACCGGGGACGGCUUCUCCUGUGAAGACAGGGACGAAUGUGCCGAGGACGUGGACCUCUGCGAGAACGGGCAGUGCCUCAAUGCCCCCGGCGGGUACCGCUGUGAGUGUGAGAUGGGCUUCAGCCCCACGGAGGACCACCGCGCCUGCCGGGAUGUGGACGAGUGUGUCCUCGGGAACCUCUGCGUGUUCGGGAGCUGCGAGAACCUGCCCGGAAUGUUCCGCUGUGUCUGCAGUGGGGGCUACGAGCUGGACCGCGGUGGGGUCAACUGCACGGAUGUCAAUGAGUGCGCAGACCCCGUGAACUGCAUCAGUGGCCUGUGUAUCAACACCCCCGGAAGCUACCUCUGCAGCUGCCCCCAGGAUUUUGAGCUGAACCCCAGCGGCGUGGGCUGUGUGGACACCCGGGUCGGGAACUGCUUCCUGGACACGCAUGACCGAGGGGACGGUGGCAUUUCCUGCACUGUGGAGAUCGGGGUUGGCAUCACCCGCGCAUCCUGCUGUUGCUCCCUGGGACGGGCCUGGGGCAACCCCUGUGAACCAUGCCCGAUGGCCAACACCACUGAGUACAGAACCUUGUGCCCCGGGGGCGAGGGCUUCCGGCCAAACCCCAUCACUGUCAUCCUGGAAGACAUUGAUGAGUGCCAGGAGCUGCCUGGGCUGUGUCCGGGGGGCGACUGUGGCAACACGUUCGGCAGCUUCCAGUGUGCAUGCCCCCCUGGCUACCACCUCAAUGGGGACACCCGCACUUGUGAGGACAUCGACGAAUGCUCUGCACACUCGGGCAUCUGCGGCCCUGGUACCUGCUACAACACCCUGGGGAACUACACCUGUGUCUGCCCCGCGGAGUACCUGCAAAUCAACGGUGGCAACAACUGCAUGGACAUGAGGAAGAGCAUCUGCUUCCGGCACUAUAAUGGUACAUGUGGAAAUGAGCUGGCGUUUAACGUGACCCGGAAGAUGUGCUGUUGCUCGUACAACAUUGGCCAGGCCUGGAACAGACCCUGUGAGGCCUGCCCCACCCCUGCCAGCUUGGACUACCAGAUCCUGUGCGGACACCAGGCCCCUGGCUUCGUCAUUGACAUCCACACAGGGAAGCCCCUCGACAUCGACGAGUGUGGGGAGAUCCCCGCCAUCUGCACCAGUGGGAUCUGCAUCAACCAGAUCGGGAGCUUCCGAUGCGAGUGCCCCACGGGCUUCCACUACAACGGCGGGCUGCUGGUCUGCGAAGACACGAACGAGUGUGCCAGUGGGGAGAGCCCCUGCCAGCGGAAUGCCGACUGCGUCAAUGUCCCCGGCAGCUACCGCUGCACAUGCGCCCGAGGGUACAGGCUGUUGCCCGAUGGGGCCUGCGUGGGACGGAACGAGUGUCGGGAGAUCCCAAACGUCUGUAGUCAUGGCGACUGCGUGGACACAGAGGGCAGCUACACAUGCCUUUGUCACCGGGGCUUCCGCGCCUCGGCGGACCAGACCCUGUGCUUGGACGUCGACGAGUGUGACCAGCAGCCGUGUGGAAAUGGGACCUGUAAGAACAUUGUCGGCUCCUACAACUGCCUCUGCUUCCCCGGCUUCGUGGCAGCACCCAGUGGAGAUUGCGUGGACGUGGAUGAGUGCACCACUCUGGUGGGGCAGGUGUGCCAAUUUGGCCAGUGCCUUAACACAGCUGGCUCCUUCCACUGCAUCUGCCAGGAUGGCUUCGAGCUCACAGCCGACGGGAAGGACUGUGUGGACACCAACGAGUGUUUCAGCUUCACGGGAACCUGCCUGCCAGGCACUUGCCAGAACCUUGAGGGCUCCUUCCGCUGCGUCUGUCCCCCUGGCUUCCAGGUGCAGAAUGACCGCUGUGUUGACACCGACGAGUGCUCGGAGGAGCCCAACCUCUGCCUCUUUGGCACCUGUAACAACAGCCCUGGGAGCUUCCAGUGCCUCUGCCCGCCUGGUUUCGUCCUCUCCGACAACGGGCACCAUUGCUUUGACACGCGGCAGAGUUUCUGCUUCACCCGUUUUGAGGCCGGGAGGUGCUCUGUGCCCAAAGCUUUCAACACCACCAAGGCCCAGUGCUGCUGCAGCCAGAGGCCUGGCGAGGGCUGGGACGACCCCUGUGAGCUGUGUCCUCAGGAGGGCAGCGCCGCCUUUCAGGAGCUCUGCCCCUUUGGCCACGGGGCCGUCCCAGGCCCCGAUGACUCUCGGGAAGACGUGAACGAGUGUGCGGAGAGCCCCGGCAUCUGCACCAACGGCCUGUGCGUCAACACCGACGGCUCAUUCCGCUGCGAGUGUCCCUUUGGCUACAGCCUGGACUUCACAGGCAUCCGCUGUGUGGACACGGACGAGUGCUCCGUCGGGCACCCCUGCGGCCAAGGCACCUGCACCAACGUCAUCGGAGGCUUCGAAUGUGCCUGCGCCGACGGCUUCGAGCCUGGCCCCACGAUGACCUGCGAGGACGUGGACGAGUGCUCCCUGAACCCCCUGCUCUGCGCCUUCCGCUGCCACAACACCGAGGGCUCCUACGUGUGCACCUGCCCGGCGGGCUACGCCCUGCGGGAGGACGGCGCCAUGUGCCGAGAUGUGGAUGAGUGUGCGGAUGGUCAGCAGGACUGCCACGAGCGGGGCAUGCUGUGUAAGAACCUUAUCGGCACCUUCGCCUGCGUCUGCCCCCCAGGCCUGCGGCCUCAGCCCAGCUCCGGGGAGGGCUGCACAGAUGAGGAUGAAUGUCGUGCCCAGCCCAGCCUGUGUACUAACGGCCACUGUAUCAACACCGCGGGCAGCUUCCAGUGUGACUGCGACAAGGGUUUCCGGCUCAGCCCCGCCGGCACCGAGUGUCAUGACGUCCGGCAGGGGCCCUGCUUCUCCGAGGUGCUGCAGGCCGUGUGCCAGGCUCAGUCGAGCAGCGGUGAGGCCGUCACGAGGGCCCAGUGCUGCUGUGGGGGCGGCCGGGGCUGGGGGCCCCGCUGUGAGCUCUGUCCCCUGCCUGGCACCUCUGCCCACAGGACCCUGUGCCCCCACGGCCCGGGCUACACCGCUGAAGGCCAAGAUGUGGACGAGUGCCACAUGCUUGCUCACCUGUGCCCCCAUGGUGAAUGCAUCAACAGCCUUGGCUCCUUCCACUGUCGCUGCCAGUUGGGGUAUACGUCAGAUGCUGCUGCCACAGCCUGUCUGGAUGUAGAUGAGUGUGGCCAGGCCCCCACGCCAUGCGCCUUCCUCUGCAAAAACACUGAGGGCGGCUUCCUGUGUGCCUGCCCCCGAGGCUACCUGCUGGAGGAGGAUGGCAAGACCUGCAGAGACCUGGACGAGUGCUCCUCUAGGCAACACAACUGCCAGUUUUUCUGCGCCAACACCAUCGGCUCCUUCGCCUGCCGCUGUCCCCCCGGCUUCACGCAGCACCACCAGGCCUGCCUUGACAAUGACGAGUGCUUGGCUCAGCCUGGCCCGUGUGGCACCCAUGGGCGCUGUCACAACACGCCCGGCAGCUUCCGCUGUGAGUGCCACCAAGGCUUCGCCCCGGACAGCUCAGGCCGAGGCUGUGAAGACGUGGAUGAGUGUGACGGGCCCCAUCGCUGCCAGCACGGCUGUCAGAACGAGCUGGGGGGCUACCGCUGUGGCUGUCCCCAGGGCUUCACCCCGCACUCCCAGUGGAGCCAGUGUGUGGACGAAAACGAGUGUGCGCUGUCCCCUGCGGCCUGUGGCAGCGCCUCCUGCCACAACACGCUGGGCGGCUUCCGCUGCGUCUGCCCCUCUGGCUUUGACUUUGACCAGGCCCUGGGGGGCUGCCAGGACCUAGACGAGUGUGCCGCCCGGGGAGGCCCCUGUAGCUACAGCUGCACCAACACCCCUGGUGGCUUCCUGUGUGGCUGUCCCCAAGGCUACUUCCGGGCCGGGCAAGGGCACUGUGUCUCUGGCCUGGGCUUCAGCCCUGGACCCCAGGAGGCCCCAGACGAGGAGGAGCUGCUCUCAUCCGAAGCCUGCUAUGAAUGCAAGAUCAAUGGCCUCGCCCCUCGUGACCGGCCACAGCGCAGCGCCUACGGGGGCCACCAGGUGAGCCUGGCCAGCCUUGACUCGGAGGCCCCACUGACCUUGGGCCUGAACCUCUCACGCCUGGGUGGGGCUGAGCACAUUCUGGAGCUGCGGCCCGCCCUGGAGAGCCUGCGGGGACGGGUCCGCUAUGUCAUUGCCCGUGGCAAUGGGCCAGGUUUCUUCCACAUGCAUCACUUCCGGGGCCUCAGCUCCCUGCAGCUGGGGCGACGGAGGCCAGGGCCUGGAACCUACCAGCUGGAGGUGGUGAGCGUGGCAGGGCCCUGGGGCACCUGGCCGAAGGGGCAGCUGACACCAGGGGGCGGGGCCUUGCGGCUGAAGGUGCAUCUGCGGCUGCUGUAGCUGGAAGAAGCCCGUACCUCCUGCCUGACCUCAGGCCCCUCCCGCAGCCCCCUCUCUGGACUCCCUGCAUGCGCACUGCCCCAUCCUUGCCUCUUCCGGCAGGAUUUGGGGGAAACUGAUGUCACUCAGCUCACUGCACACCGCAGAGAGACCCUGGUGACCCUGGUGAAGCCUUGGCCUCGGGUGCGCCCCAGGGCCCCCCAUUCAUCCUCUUCUCCUGAACGGCAGAUUCUGGAGUUGGGGGGCUACCGAUCCCACCAGCAAUGGGAUCACUGACCAGGUGGAACCCCAAAACUCAGGAAGAGUAAAAUGUGAUUCUGCGACCUCAGGCGAACCCAGCCUCUGCCCAGGGGGACCCCAACAUUCCGCCUUGUCUGGAGACAGCUGGAAGCCAUGGCAUGCACCGUCCUCCUCCACCAGCCAGGGUCAAGGAGGGGCCUGUGAUUCACCGUAGCUGGUCAGUCUCAGGCUUACACUGCUGCACUGCCCCAGGGCUCACCCCGGGGCGCGGUGGGACAUGGGAACGGACAGCUGGGGUGGGCCUGGGCCUUGGCCCUCUGAGCCAAAGAGCCUCUGGGGCCCCAGCCAGAGUUGGUGACACGCAGCCGUGCUCGAGCCCCCGGUGGGGUGGGCUAGGGUUCCAGCCUGCUUUUAUAUCAGAAGCAGAGACAACAAUAAAGUU